CGCUCGUCGCGGGUCCCAUCACGUCGUGGCCGGGUCAAAAACGGCUGCUGAACACGAGACGACUGGCUUUCCCGUCAUCUCCAUCCCUUUCACCACACAACCCCGUCUUUCCCUCGCUGCUCUCUCGAGCUAACCCAUCCUUACCCGUCCUCUCAUUUCGCCCCAAGAUACACAUUUCGUCCUUAUCGUCUUGUUGUUCCGCUGAUCAAUGAGCGUUAUCUGACCGUGCCAUGCAAGGUGCUGCAAGCCUUCAUGCCUCUGAUAUUGGCUGUGGCGCGCUCUGUUAUCACCGCGUCCGUUUCGUACAAGGUUUCUGCUCUCAACCUUAAAACCUCUCACUAGAGUCACUCGUUUAUUCUCUCGCGAGCCAUCAUGACCCUCGUCAACACUUCCGAUUCGCACCAUGGCGAGUCUUUCCACAGAAUACGCACUGCUUCGUCCCAUGAUUCAACUGAGUUGGCACAUCCAAUGCCGGACCUACAGUCGUUGCAAGGAGCGUAUUUGCAAAAUGUCGAGCGACUUGAAGAAAGGGCAGAACGCAUGAGCGUCGGAUCAGACCUCGGAGAGGAGAUUAGAAAGCUGCAGCAGGAGCAGAAACUGUCGGACAGCAGUCGUGCUUCUAUGUACUCAGCAAACGCCGCAGAGCAGCCUCCUCGUCAACAGCGGUCCCGCAACGUGUCGACCAGCUCGUACGCCAAUUCAAUCGUGGAAGUCAACACCGCCGCCCGCUCCGGGGGAUACUCGCCUUAUUCGCCCAUGGGGUCGCUGAGGUCAGGCAGCUGGUCCCAGGUCUCACGUCCUGUGUCGAAUCCUGCACGGUCCAUUUCUAGGUCCUCUUUCUUGGGCAUGAUGAGCACGCCUGAGAUGGCAGAAUCAGAGGCUGUCACUCCGAAUGAGGCACAACAGACGUCAAACAACACCUCCAUACAGCAUACACCCCGACCAGAGUCGAAGUCAGAAACAGCCGCACCUUCAGACUCGACAGAGAUGGAGGAAGACACGCGAGCGAAAAGAAUGAAGCGGCUGUCGACGGGACGUCUCCCCAGUGAAGGCUCCUUCUCCGUGAUUUACAAUCAGUUGGUAGAAGAGAACAGGAAGUCAAUGGACAUAUCCGGUAUACGGGUGGCUAGCGAUACAUCUUUCACGGACAUCUACGAUCAGAUCGCGAGUGAGAUCAAGAACUCGUUGAACACUUCGGUACAAGGAGCUCAAGAGAGGGAAAUGAAGAGACAGUCGUUGAACCAACCACCUCAAUUGCAACCCGCUUUCGCUGAAUCACCAAAGAAUACGACGAAACCAUUCAGAUUGUCCCAAACACCACCUCCACUGCCACCCCAGCACAGACAGCUACCCAAGGUUGAACCCCAGGAUGACUUUGGCAUCAACUUCAGUUUCACGACUUCAACCAAAGAACCUCAAUACGUGGAAGACCGCAGGCCAUCGGAGCCUUUGCAAAUUCAUGUACCUCAUGACGAGCGUGAUGACAACCACAGUGACCGUCCGUCGACUGCGCGUUCGCAGGAUACAUACCAGCAAGCAGAUGGCUUAUUUCAAGACUUUGACGGCACGCAUUACGCUCCAAGCAUGCUCAGUAGACACGGUAGCCUGCGCGAUACAAGUAGGGGAUCGGCUUUCCCAGUGGAUAACCCAAAUCGAUCAUCCGUGCUCAAAGAUGCGUCCCAACCUGAGUCUAUGGCCUCGCUGGUGCCCCCGCCUGAAGACGGUAUGGUGUAUUAUCCGGCACCGGUCCCCCGCAUGCUCAACCUUCCUCCGAAGAUAUCGCAAAAUCCCUCAGCCGCAGCAAUAGCUAAGAGAAGAACACAAUUUGUGAACGCAAUUCCAGAAGAUGCACGAAAAUCCGCGUAUUGGUUACCUCAAGGCGGAGGACAAAGGGAUGAGGACACAGAUGCAAGAGCGAGCAAGUUAAACUUGGCCGCCCUACCUCCACAGUUACGCGCCAGCGUGUUCUUUGACUCUGGUGCCCAGAGACAAGACAUCGAAGUUCGAGAUCAGUCUGCCAUGCGCACGCUAGAUGAUCUUCUCGACGCGUCAGCCCUCGCUCCAGUGAGCGCCUUCACUGACCAUCCCAUCGUCGGAAAGAUUGGCGCAAAUGUAUACAAGAAAUCACCUGACGCGCGUGCCUCGACGCUAAACUUACCCCAAGCACCCACUGCAAAGAAGGAACGAAAGAGCAGUUUCUUAGGUCUACGGCGUUCGUCCGUAGGCUCAGAGGAUGCUUUGGGCGGUGGGAACAAACGGUCAUCCACACGUGGAAAAUUAGUCAAAUCGAACAGUGCAGUUUUGGAUGAUUCAGCGCUUGCUAGAGGACCGAACGGUGAAAUUGGAGCGGGCGGAAACUCAGGACGCACUACUCCCGCUCUAGACCCGAACGGCGUGUACGGCGACCUACGUGAUGAGGAUGCCAACGAGACGCAAGAAGCGGGUGGGGUUCAGUUGGAGGAGGAGAGUGAUGAGGAAUACGUUGGCGCGCCCACAACGCUACUUGCAGAGCUCGAAAUGCGUAAGAGAGAGCAGAAGAACAGAAACAAGACGGCCUACACCGCGUUUCCAGAUGGCAUGCACGCGACGCUACUGGAACUAGAUGAUGUAGCACAACUAAAGAAGGCAAAGAGGAAGAAGAAGCGUGUCGCUCUUGCUUGGGAGGAUCCUGCAGUGAGAGCAGCAGAUGAGAUGGGAGAAGCGGAUGAUGAUGACGUGCCACUGGGCGUUCUUUAUAGCAACAACGAAGCUGUGGCUGCCAAGAUCAAAGAGCAAGGCAUGGCCGAGGGUAGACCACUUGGUUUGCUGGAAAAGAAGGAAUUGGAGGAUAAUGAGCCUUUGAGCAGAAGGAUGCUUCGUCUGAGAGGCAUUAAUCCUAAUAGCGUUCGUCCGCCACCAGUAGCCAUCACGAAUGCAGAAGGCGAGUCAGAAACGGAAAGCGAGCAUGAAGGAGAAACCCUGGGACAACGACUUAAAAGACUUCGCGACAAAAAGGCUCUCGACGAGGCGAUCACCGAGGUCGAGGGAAGACCUAUCAGUGAGACAUUUUCAGCGGAGAUGCUGUCUCAGCUUGGCGUUGAGUCGAAGGACGAGAAGAAAGCGACGCAAGAGGGUUUGCAUAGCCGCAACGUAUCGGUGGGACAGAUAUCGACAGGCUCUGCCCCCAAGAGUCCUGGAGGUGGCAUCCUCCCACCAAGCAGGGCGAAUGCGACAACACCAGGCGCCGAAAGCGAAGAAGAAACGCUAGGACAGCGCCGAGCACGUCUACAACGGGAGGCGCUUCAAGCAGGCAUGCAACAACGACGUCAGAGCCAAAUGACACUCAACGGACCUUCUCGAAUGUCCACCAUGCUCUCCCCAGCCCCAAUGGAACCCAACAUGGCCCCGGGCCCAUCACGCACGCCUCCUCUGCGCGCAUCGCUUUCAAUGGCUGACUUGCUCGCUGCUAAUCCAACCGGCAAGCAUGAUGCCCGCAAGGUCAGUAACGAGCUAUUGCUCGCCACCGCGCCACAAGGCAGCCUGCUCGCUCAGGAUGCAGAGAAGCAGGAAGCCCGAAAGGCACGCAUGCGUCUCUCGUCCGCAGAGGUUUUCCAGACCCAGCGUCCGGAAAUGCAGCGGCAUUUUAGUGGUGUGACGGCCAAGAGCGGCGGGAUGUACGUGAACCAGCAGCAGAUGCACGGCAUGUGGCAGCAGAACAUGAUGCAGCAAAACGCAAUGCAGCAAAACGGCUAUGGGAGCCUGCAAACGUACUACGGCAUGAAUGGCUAUGGCGCUGUGGGCAAUGCUAACAUGUUCAUGGGUGCGUACGGUGGAUACCAAACACCCGCAUAUGGCGGUAUGCAUCCAGGCUUCGGUGGCAUGGCACUGCAGCAGGAGGCAUUUCUUGAUCAGAAGACCAGGAGUAGGGUCGAUGCUUGGAGACAAAGCAUCGUGCCUUAGCGCCGAUUUUCUCCUAAGAGUUCGUGUAACAUGGAGGUAUUUUGUUGUAAUAUUUUCCUAAGAAUACACAUAGGGGGUCGUAAUACCUUGUUCAGUACACAAUUCAGCAUCGCGAUGGUGUUUCUUAUGUAAUUAGCGUAGCAUGGGGGCUUGAAUAUUGACGGGAAUAAUAUUGAGAGAUAAUUAAUUAUUCAUGUACAAAAUGGCAUAUCACAGUGAACUAUCUCCC